GUUUGACAGCUCAGACUUUACUGAGCAGGAGGAGUCUCACCGACACCCCGCAGCUUGUCUCCUCUCCUCUGCGCCUCUUUCUCUGUGCUCUGAGCAGACACAGACCUGUUACACUCUCACACCACUUCAUGUCUGCAGGUUUAUCAGAGCCCCCUCUCACCUGAGGACCUGACACUGAGAAAGCUGACUUUGUCCAAACUGGAUUCUCGGAGCUCCUCGCCAUGCAUGCCCGGGUUUAGAUUCUCCAUGGAGCUGUCUAACCUGUACGAGGUCGCGCCCCGGCCCCUGAUGAGCAGCCUGACCCACGGCCAGCAGCCCUCCUCCGGCUACAGAGACCCGUCAGACCUCGGCGGUGAGAUCGGAGACAGCGAGACCUCCAUCGACCUGAGCGCAUACAUCGACCCGUCGGCUUUCAACGACGACUUCCUGGCCGACCUGUUCCACCACAGCUCCCGGCAGGACAAGCUCAAGAUCAUGAACGGAGAGUACGAGUCGGUGCCGUGCGGCCCGGGGCCCCAGCAGCACUACAUGUCCACCUACAUGGAGUCCAAGCUGGAGCCGCUCUACGAGCACAACCCGCCGCGCAUCCGGCCCGUGGCCAUCAAGCAGGAGCCCCGGGACGACGAGGACAUGACCCCGGGCAUGCCUCCCACCUACCACCACCCGCACCCGCAUUCCCAGCAGUACUCCCAGCAUUCCCAGCAGCAGCAGCAGCAGCCGCAGAUGCCGCACCUCCAGUACCAGAUUGCGCACUGCGCGCAGACCACCAUGCACCUCCAGCCGGGCCACCCGACCCCUCCGCCGACCCCGGUGCCCAGCCCGCACCAGCACCACCACCACCAGCACCACCACCAGCAGCAGCACCCGCAGCAGGGCGGCCUGAAGCUGCUGGAGCAUCAGCGGGGAGGCGGGAAGUCCAAGAAGAACGUGGACAAGAGCAGCCCGGAGUACCGGCUGAGGCGCGAGCGCAACAACGUGGCCGUCCGCAAGAGCAGGGACAAGGCCAAGCUGCGCAACAUGGAGACGCAGCAGAAGGUGGUGGAGCUGACCACCGACAACGACAGACUGAGGCGGAGGGUGGAGCACCUGACCCGGGAGCUGGACACGUUACGGGGCAUCUUCAGACAGCUGCCGGACGGAUCCUUCAAACCCAUGGGCAGCUGAGAGACUACUGAGCCGGACUGGAGCCGGACUGGGACCAGACUGGGACCAGGCUGGAGAGGACUGCUGGAUUUAUACUCUCUUCAUGUGUGGACGGACUGAGAGCUGUGAGGAGACACUGAGGCAGCUGAGGUGUUCACUGCAAAAACAUCCAAACCAUCAUUUUGUCUUCAACUCUCAUUUUUCUCUUUAAACAAUCUGCAAAUAUUCCAGACACAAAUCAGCUGUUGAGACAAACUGACAAACUUUAAGAGUUGUGACGUCAAACAGAAACUCUGCAGCUGGACUCCUUCUUGUUUUUAGAGCUAAAGUUUCAGCUGAUGAAACAUUUUGACUGGAAACAGGUGAGUUUGCUCACCGUCAUCUCAUUGGCUGAUCACCUGCUGUGACGACAGACAGACGGACAGAAUGACUCGUGCAUCUUCUUGCAGUGUUCAUGUGCCUUGUGUUCUCUAUGAGCUGGUUCCCUCUGCAGAUCCACACACAGAGGACUGGUUGUUUUUGUGCCUUGUUCCCGUUCAGACUGUGUGCACGACACACUCGACUCACAUAUCAGUGCAGCUAAGGUAGGGCGUGUGUCCCAGAUCAGCCUGUGGUGCAUGUUCCAACUGUGUUUGUUGUAUCUCUUCAUCCUCUCCUCCUCAUCAUCACCGUCACACAGCUGGAGUGCAGAGCGCUGCACAGAGAGGCUGAGCUGGACCACCUGUGCUUCUUCUGUGGUACCUCACAGGGUCCAGCUCAGUCUGACGGUACGGCUGUGUGACGUCAUGAUGUCACCUUCAUGUUCAAAUGUUGUAAACGUGCUGCAGAUCUCAGUCUGCUGCACGUUCUGGUCAAACUGAACUGUGUAUUUGCUGAGACGUGACGACUGUGAACCACCAGCAGCUCCCCAAACCUUGUAUCUCCGCUCACAGGGAGCUUUUCUUUCAUGCUCUUCAACCAGUUAAAGGAGCAAAAGCUGCAGAGCGUUAAAAUGAACCUUGUAGAGUUCAUAAAAAACAUCUCAAAUGUUUGAAUCAUCUUAAAAGUGCAUCAUCUUCCCGCUCAGAAACACGGCGGCUCUCCUCUCUGACUUCCCCAAAAAAUUUUGUGACUACAAUAUUUCAUGUCUGUCUGAGUGAUAAUAAUUUGAGUUCUCGGAAAAUACAAACACAAAAAACUGGAAUUGAACAUGUGGUCCAGUGGAAACCACGUAUCUCCAAACUGCUGCAGAGUCUCUGUUCAAAGAUCAUCGUGAUGCAUUUUUAUUAAAAUGUUUUAUCAUCUGUAAAACAGCAGAGCUUCAUCUUCUGACGUGAGCUCUGCAGACUUGGAGAUGUGUGGUUUUCAGAGGACCAUAAAACAGCUCUGUGGUCACAUCAAGCGCAGCAUCGUCUCAGACACACUUAUGGGUACUGAUCUGAUCUGAUCUGAAAACGCCUCGCUCUUCAUAUUUAUGUGUAAAAACAAAGAAAAACAAAAUGUGAAAAGGGUUCCUAUGCAACACGUCUCUUCCUCUUUUCCACUGUUGAACCAUCACACACACACACACACACACACACACACACGGUGCCUUCUGAUCCUCUGAGAUGACCUUUGACCUCGGGCUGAUCUGCUCGUCGUCGCUCUGCUCAGAAAGACGACGGUUGGACUCAGCGAGGGAAAAGGAAGCACUUUUGUUUUUUUGUUUUUGUUUUUUACAAACUGAUGUUAAACCUGUUUGUUUCAAAGUAACGUCUCAAUUGUAAAAUAAGCCUAUAUAUAUAAAUAUAUAUAUAUAAAUAAAUAUAUAUAUAAAAUACCAAAAAAUCUGAAUUAUUAUAAUAAAGAGCUUGUUUUAUCAGA